CAUGUUGCUUUGUACCUUCAAUGGCAAGGAAGAUAUACUUGAGGGGAGGUCUUGGUGUUGGUGCCUUUAGGAGGAUUUAUGGAGGGGCUAAGAGGAACGGGAGUCGCCCACGCCAUUUCUGCAAGAGCAGUGGAUCCGUUGCGCGCCACAUUCUUCAGCAAUUGCAGAAUGUGAAUAUCAUUGAUAUCGAUCCUAAAGGUGGAAGGAAAAUCACAUCGAAUGGUCAGCGUGAUCUCGACCAAGUAGCCGGAAGGAUUGCAGUUUCCAUCUGAGAAAUUUUAGGAGAGGUGUUGUUGGAGGUUUUGUCGAAUCAAUUUCUGUGUUGGAACGGCGUCUGCGAAUCCUUGUAUUUCGAUUUUGAAA